CAUCAAUCAACUCGCCGGAAAUUAAUCGAGUACUUGGCCGCGCUGGUCCUACUUCCAUUGCCAUGUUUGCCUGACCUGAUCGCAAGAGCUGAUCGCCGAAGCGUGUUCGAUCAUGUUGUACGAGUGGUAACAGUUCGAUCUUGUUUAUUCCGAUAGCCUGUUUUCUCCCAUCCACGAAACUGCUCGGACUCCUGUUUAGUUUUGUUUAUUUCUGCUUGCGAUAGUCGAUAAGUGUUAGCGUAGGUUUUGAGCUGCAGUUUCGUGCUAUUGAAUUAAUUGCGUCGCUCUUCUUAUUGCAGAAGAUUCACAUUGUGCUCCUUGCUUCUGUCACUAUACGUUGAUCACUGCUUCUGUUUGAAUUACAAUCCUGCUGCUUGUAUUUGUAUUGUGUUCCAAUUCGAAGGCAGAUUCAGAUCGAUAUAAGUAGGCCUGCAUCUUAGUCUUAUUCUUAGUGGUGAUAGACUGUGAUUAUUGGAACACAACAGAGUGAGAUGGUUCAGCAUCUGUGAUCGCUGUCAUGGCCUCCACACGUCCGUACACAUUCCAGCCUCAACCCCCACCACUUCCCCGAACAACCGGCGGGAAGAGGGGGCCGUCGGGUCCCAUCAAUAUUGCCUCCUCAUCCAGUGAAGAUGAAGACAGUGACCAGAGCAUUACAGAUUUUAGUCCCCCUGUCCCCAGCAGGCUCUCAGUCACUGAUCUGGCAUCAGGCCCCAGUACAAAGUCCAAUGCCGUCAUAACAGUUUCCAGCCUGUCAAGUCCAAGAAAUAAUUUUGUUACCAAGAAGUCCACAGGGCUGUUGCCGAGCCCGCGGAGUUUAAGUAACGCAUCUCAUGUGAUCAGUGGGAGUUUCAACCACAGUUCUGGGAGUAGCAGUUGCAGCUCCGGGUCCAACAGUCUAUUUGGAAGCAACACAAUAAGUUCUGGUAACGGGAUUAAUGUGGCGAACCACGGCGCCAUUGGACAAAGUGUAACCACCACAACUACAACCCCUCUGAUCAACAAUGCAAACUCUUCGACAUCCUCAUCCCUCCCACCAGCUGUGCCCGGUCCUCUCACCAUUCAAGCCCACAGCACUCUCAACAAUAAGACCAGCGCUUUUACGACACAAAAUUCUUUGACAUCUAACGCUACAAAUAGUACUGCGUCAAGCAGUAUAACCUGCGGAAAUAACGCCGGUGGAAGUAGUAGUAGUAGUAGUGACAAUGGUAACGCCACCAACAGCGCCAAUACAGGUAGCUUAGUAGCAGCAACAACCUCCUCCUCCGCCUCCUCCCCCUCCUCAAGGACAUGUUCUGUUCCAGAAGCUGCUAGCACCAGCCCUAGAGAGAGAUCAUGCAGCCCUGCGUCAAACUUCGCUUACGAGCAUGAUCAUGAUUAUGAAAAUGUUGCGUCUCCGUGCAGUAGUACAGCUAGUGGACCCACGUACGUGAGACCCCCAGGAUUUAACCACCAUGCGCAGGAGAUUACCGUAUCCUCGAAGAACAAGUUGAAGAAGAAAAAGUCGUCAGCAGCUUUUAUUUCAGUCAGGGAUGGGUUUAAGAAGCGAGAGGCAACUCCACCAAAAAUAAAACCGAAAAGAGAACCCCUUCCCAUGAAGCUCCGCGCCCUGCCCCAGUCCUUCUGGCAACAGCCAAACGUGGCCCACCAGGUGUCGCCCGCCACGCUCUUCCCCAUCUUGCCGCCGCUGUCACAGAAGGAGAGCGAGGAGAUUAUGGACAGAGGAAAACAGUCCCAAAGAGCAGCACUAAGGGCCUUUUUCUGGGGAAUGACCCCUACCUUGUGGAGGAUGUAACUGACAAGAUAUUCCCCACCCUCACCCUGGAGGGCUCCAGACACCUGUCAGGGGGAGGCAACACAUCCUUACAGCUCAUCACUCUGAAGGAAGGGGACAGAACCGUGACCCUCCCCUCCCUCAGUAUGGAGCAGAGUUACCCCCAGAUGCUGUCUGAGCUUGUGAUGCAUAUUUAAUUUAAUUUACGAUGGCGUGUUCGCACGUUUGUUUCACGUUCUGGUUUCUUGCUGGUGCAGUUAGGCGACCAUUAUUUUGAAUUCAUUAUAAUAAGUCUGUUUGACUGCGAAAGGGUUGAUUUUUUUUUCCUAGUAGGUCAGGAUAAUUCAAAUAGUCGUAAGACAACAGGAGUCAGAACCGCUCUCUAUCGGUUGGGUACCACCACAUAUAAUCCGUAACCUUUUUUGGCACUGAAAUAGAAUGUUUUUGGGUUUUUUGCACCUACUGCAAUAUUAGUUUACAGUUAAAAUUGCAAUUGUCCAAGAAGUCCUCUCACUGUCGAGGAUCAACGUAGUUGUCUUGGACAGAUGAAAAUCUUGGACUGCACCAUUAUGAUCGAGAAAAAAAGUGGGAUGUGGUCUUUUGUACAGGUGAUUGUCUUGGACACGUAGCCAUUAGAGAAGGUCCGACUGUAUAUAUCUCUAUGUUAUGCACAUUUGACCCUCAGAUGCUCUGCUGUUAAGUGCUCACCUUGAGACUAUAUGUGUAUAUAUUAUGGGUAUCUAGGAAAGACUUGGCCCUUUAAAGCACUGUGAUUUCCUGAACCAAUAGAAGCAAUGGCAUGCUUUUGAGUCGCCUAAUGAUAACUGCUACAUAUACAAUACUGUAUAUUGAGGUGUGUUUUCGAAUUUAAAAGGGAAUAAAAAGUGCAUGCACACAGGCAUAGCUCUCUUAACAAUCUGUUAGUACCCAGAUUAUUACCAGAAGAUUAUCAGUUUACACGGUAGGGCCUAUACUUAAAAAUGGACAGACUUUCGAAUUCAAAAUUUUAGUCGUCUAAUAGUGCUUUUAAGGUAAUUUGCACUGCGUGUCUUUUAUGAUAGAGAAUUCCUUCCUGUUGUUUUAAAGAGAAUGUGUGCACAUUUAUAUGGGCAUGGGGUUUUAUCUUUCAUUUUUAUUUUUAUCCAAGGCCCAAGUCUAAAAGAUGCAAAUGCAUUAAUCACAAGGUCUGUGUUUUGACUCAAAGCAAAAAAAAACUGCUCAUUUAAAUACAAAAUCCAGAAAUGUAAAUUUGAAGGAAAAAAAUGUUUUAAAGCCUCAAAAUUUAGUUUUCUGCUCUUGGUCUUUGAUCUUGACAAUAUUGAGCUACUCUUUUCCUGCCUGGGUCUGUUCAACUUUCACAAGUGUCACAGCUUCCGCAGACUUUAUUUUCUAGGUGCUAAAAUAAAUGUUUGAAUUUUGUUAGAUUUGUUCAGCCUUUGUGCAAUCGAUUACUGACUAAUACAUCUGUCACUAGUAAUAACAUCAUUGAUCAUUUCAGUGAUAAUAUAGCCAAUUGAUUCAAACAGGAAAUUAGUUUGAAAGCAUUGAGAUAGAUUUGAAGUUUCCCAAAUCAUCAAGGAUUUUUAAAAAUCUUUCUAUAUAUUGUAAAGGUUCAACAUCAAAGACUAUGUGACAGCCAGUUGGCUUUUGAGAUACCGAAGCCUUUCUUGGUUCUGAUUUUACUUCUUUUUUUUUUGUUAACCCUUUGUCCUUUUUGCCCUGCUUCCAAGACGGAAAAUUGAGCUGGAUGAUUGUCCAAACUUUCAAUUAUCAAUAUAUUAUUUUUACAUCAAAUAGGUUUCAAACUAUCCAUUUAUAUCCUUCCUUAGUUCAGUUUAAAGUUUUUGUUUGUAAGAUUUGUUUAAUUUAUGAUACGAGUCGAACUCUAAAAUAGAGCUGGACAGAUAAAAAUCAUGGUUAAAAUCAAAUCAGUAAUGCAGGCAUAUUGUUCAGCAGUAAAACUGCUCGGGGAUUUUUGGGGUUUAAACUUGGCUUCCAUUUCAUGAAGCUACAAUAUUAUUCAAGAACCAUCAUGCAAAAGACCAUAGCAAAGAGUCUGUACUAUAAGGAACAAAAAACCCAAAACAAAUUAAAUAAUGUACAAUACAAGGGGCAUAACCAUAUAAAUACUUUUAUUCUUGCCUCAAGUUUUACAAAAAUGUAAUCUCCUUUAUCUCAUCCUCCUCACAUCUAUAAAUUAUAAUAUAUACAUAAUGAAGGGAAUAAAGUUCAGCUCACAGUGAGCCUAGCUUAUAAUGAAAGCGGGGCAAAAUUGGAAAUUCAAAAUUUCUUGCCUUAAAAAAUAUCCCUAUUACACCAAAAGAAUAGUAAGGCAUACCCUUACACCUUUGUGGAUUCCAACACCAUAUUGACCAUAAUAUCUCUUGUUUGGAGCACAUCAAGGAAGUCGAGAUCUGAAGGGAGGAAAGCAUUACUUGGAUAUUCUUUUUCCUCUAUGUCUACCGUCAAGGCAAAGCUUUAUCAAGCUUACGGCUUUAAGAUCAUCUGUCAAGGUAUGAGACUCUUCUUCAUGGGUUAGAUUGGUCAUACCAGUUUCCAGUCAGGUGUUCUAAAGGACAAAGGGUUAAAAGUGUGUAAAUGUCAGGAAAAAGCUGUGACUGUGAUACAAUGACAAUAUGAUAAUGACAUGAAUGUUUACUUGUUGAUUCACAAAUUUUCUAUUUGGUGUCACUGAGUGCUUAGAGACACAUUCCUACUUCCAAACAUUCCACUGUAACAUACUGCAAAGUGUACGAUAUUGUAAAACCAAGCUGUACUUAUUUAUUCUAUCUUGUCCGUUUUGUCAUGUAACACUUCUGACUUCUAGGAGUCAGAUUUCAUUCCAUUUGAGAAAAUUUAACUUAAUAUUUAUUGUACUUACUUCUCAUAUAUAUUAUUAUCUUUCUUGUCUGUUAAUUGUUGUUGUUCAAGUUUAUUGUAUUUUUUUCACCUAUAAUGGAUCCUAUAUUUGUAUAUGAAGUCUGAAAUGUACACAGAAUUUGAAAACUUGCCAACUAGUGUCCAAUUGUGUCUUUUAUGAGCGGGUGAAUUUUGAUAAGUAAGAUGAAAUAAAAGGCCAAUUUCAUCAGUCCUUAUGGGGAAAAUCAUUCGCAGUGACAUUUAUACACAAUAUAGGCCUACAUACACACAUACGUAAGAUAAUUUAUCCACAUCGCACAGAAAACAAAAUUUCACAAAUACAGAUAUAGUCAACACUCCCUUGCAGUUUGCCACUGUGCAGUACCCUGUUUUUUGCUCUGCUUCCAUACGAGAAGUGUUAAGAACUAGAGCAAGACAAAGGAGGAGCUGUAGGGUGCUGUGAGCUGAUUGUUAUCAGCACUGCAAUAUAGACAACACUUUUGAUUUCUCUUGGUUCGCAUUUCUGGUUUCGAACACAAGCUAUCAAGAGAGUCACAAGGCGUUGUCCUCAAGCUAUUUCGCUACCUUGGAAUUACAAAGUUCUAUCUGACAUUUUUGGCCAUUUUGACUCACUAAGACCAUGUGGUCAGAAACCAAAUGUUCUAUCUGCUCUAUCAAAAUUGUAAGACUAUUCGGAUUUUUUUUCGAGAUAUUCAAAGAAUUAUAUUCGAAUAAGCUUGACACUAUUUCAAACUCAAAAUCGCUUACGCCAAAUUUCUCGAAACUAGGUAUUGAGCAGAUAGAACUUUGUAGUUCUCAGGUAGAGAUUUGUGUUGAUAGUCCUCAAAUGAGUGU